AUCAAAAUAAAAUUAUUUUUUUUAAGUGGAAAAAGCCUUUAAGUAACUAAAUGAAAUGGGCGUCAGGUAAAAGUAGGACUAAUAGAGUUGGUGUGAAAAUAAUUUGAACAGUAUAGGGUGCACGCAACUGUGUGGGCGACUGGGCGUACAGUAACAGUACGAGGAUUCGAGGAACCGGAAUCUACGGAGUCACUCUGGGAUCUUCGACAUAAAUAAGCAUGGCCAGCCAGAACAUUGCCAAGGAUACUGAUAUUCACAUCACAUAUGAUGAUCAGCAGAAGAUAAAUAAGUUUGCCCGAUGUAAUGCACGUCAUGGAGACAUCAAAGAUGAACUUAAAUUAAAGGAGAAUGACCUGCAGAAUUUACAAGAUGCUGAGGAUGAGAUGAUGAUUGCUUUAGACAGUGAAGAAAAAGUGCCAUUCAUGAUUGGUGAAGUUUUUAUGAUGAAGAGCCAAGAGGAAGCACAGGAAGCUAUAGCAUCCCAGCGUGAAGGCUUACAAGAGGAGAUUAGCAAUUUGAAUUCCCGAGCCAGUGAGUUGAUGGACACUAUGACUCAGCUGAAAGCUGAUUUAUAUGGGAAGUUUGGCAAUAACAUCAAUUUAGAACCUGAAGAAGAAUGAAGGAUUUAGAGGCUUCCUAAUAUUUGUUUUUGGAUGUUCUGUGAAGACAGAAGUAUUGCCCCAAGGUGGGUGCAUUAUGCGUGUUGAUAAUUUUGUGAUUUUUUUCCUUAAUUUUAAAUGUUACCAGGCUCUUGGGGUAAAGAUUUUUAAUGUCCUUGUAAUUCCAAUAACUGACAUUGACUAGCUUGGAAUUAAUUUCUCCCCAUAUAGUUUGAAUGGUAGUAUUUUAUUCCUAAUUUUUUUUCUUAUUUGUUUGCAAUAAACUUUAAAUAUCCAUAA